AAGGCUAGAUACCAUAGGAGAGUGAAAGCACCAUUCAGAUACUUCUGUGAUGAGAGCACGACCACCACCCAAAACUCAACACCAGAAUUCAUACAACAAUGGUUACAUAUGAAGGAUAUGUAUGACAACCUAAGUCGCAGAAUAGAAGAUGCGGCCCGGAAAACAAUUCCAUGCAAGGAAGAAUUUGAGGUUUUCUCAAACACGGAGAGGACUAAUCAUCCAACCAUAAUUAAGGUUAUAUGGGAGAACAAAGAAAGCCUUGUUGAUGGAGUGCCUCAUUUGAUCUACAUAGCUAGAGAGAAGAGGCCAAAACAACCACAUCAUUUCAAAGCAGGUGCCAUGAAUGUAUUGACAAGAGUCUCCGGGUUGAUUACAAAUGCUCCAUUUAUCCUGAACGUUGAUUGUGACAUGUUUGUAAACAAUCCAAAGAUUGCUCUGCAUGCACUCUGUAUUUUGCUUGAUCCUAAGGGAGCAAAAGAAGUUGCAUUUGCUCAAUUUCCCCAACAAUUCUAUGCUACACUGAAAGACGAUCCUUUCGGAAAUCAGAUGGUGGUUUUAUUUAAGUAUCUCGCGGCUGGAUUAGCAGGACUCCAAGGACCUUUCUACGGAGGAACAAACUGCUUUCAUAGAAGAAAAGUCCUUUAUGGUCUUUCUCCCAAUAACGUACAAAAAGGAAACAACAUACGGGAAGAGGAGUUAAAAUACAAAUUUGGAACUUCAAAGAAGCUUAUAAGAUCAGUUGUUCACGCUUUGAAAGGGAAGAUAUAUUCGCCUCAUGAUAUUGACAUUUCAAAGACUAUUGAGAUAGGAAGUCAAGUUGCUAGUUAUGGAUAUGAAUAUGGCACUAGUUGGGGUGAGCAGGUAGGUUGGAUAUAUGGAUCAAUAACCGAAGACGUGCUUACUGGGCUUACAAUUCAUGAAAAAGGUUGGAGAUCAGAAUUGUGCACACCAGACCCAAUUGCCUUCAAAGGUUGUGCUCCAGUUGGUGGAUCAAGUUCAAUGGCUCAACAAAAGAGAUGGGCCACAGGAUUGCUUGAGAUUUUCUUCACCAAACACAACCCAAUAUUUAGGACCCUUUUUGGUGAGCUAUAUUUUAGGCAGUGUUUGGCAUAUAUGUGGAUAGUCAAUUGGGGCUUGUGGCCUGUUGCAGAAGUAAGCUAUGCUGGUCUCCUUGCCUAUUGUGUCAUUACCAACUCCAAUUUCCUACCUCAGGGCUCGGGCACAUGUAUACCUGUAGCAAUUUUUGUAAUUUACACGGCGUAUACUCUAUUCGAAUGCUUGGCAUCAGAGCUGUCAAUCCGUGCUUGGUGGAACAAUCAAAGGAUGUCAAGAAUAACACCAAUAAAUGCUGGUUUUUGUGGAUUUCUGAGUGUCCUACUUAAGUUGUUGGGAAUAUCAGAUACUGUUUUUGAGAUAACAAAGAAAGAUGUACCCUCUUCAAGUGAUGUUAAGGAUGACAAGGAUGCUAGUAGGUUUACCUUCGAUGAGUCCCUAGUUUUUUUGCCAGGAACUACCAUCUUGUUGUUGCAACUAACAGCAAUGACUUUCAAGUUUUUAGGAUUGCAAUCAUCAGCACCAAGUCAAGAUGGGAAGGAAUGUGGUUUGGGAGAGAUGUUGUGUUGUGCAUAUUUGAUAAUAUGCUAUUGGCCAUUUCUGAGAGGACUAUUUGAGACAGGAAAAUAUAGGAUUCCUUUUUCCACUGUAUGCAAAGCAGCAACCAUAACAUUUAUCUUUGUACACCUUUCUAGAAAGACAACUACUUACUAGGUGAUGUGGUACUCUAGUAACAAGAAAAAGAAGAAAAGCUUGAUCAAACUC